AUGAUUUUAUCCCAACAAGAAAAGGUAGAAUAUACAGAAAAAAUGGCAGAGAAGAAUCUUACUCUCAUAGAAGAAUUUAUUCUCUUAGGAUUUUCUGAACUUCCCAACUUUCAAGGAUUUCUCUUUGUUGUUUUAUUAGUCAUUUAUGUAAGUAUCCUAUUAGGGAAUGGUCUCAUCAUUGUAAUCAGCAAUAUGGAACCUGCUCUCCAAAUACCCAUGUAUUACUUCCUUGCAAACUUCUCCUUUGUGGAAAUUUGUUACACAUCAGUUACCCUCCCCAGAAUGCUUAUGAAUAUUUGGAGACAGAAAAGAAAUAUUUCUUUACUGUUAUGUGCUGUACAACUGUGUUUCUUCCUUAUUCUGGCAGUCACAGAGAGCUUCCUCCUGGCAGUGAUGGCCUAUGAUCGUUACGUGGCAAUCUGUAAGCCCCUUUCCUAUCUUCUAAUCAUGAACCACAAGAUGUGUUUCCAGAUGGUGAUUGGCUCCUGGGUCACUGGAAUUCCAGUCUUAAUAGGGCAAACGUACCAAGUUUUCUCUGUACCUUUUUGUGGUUCUAACAAGCUCAAUCAUAUUUUCUGUGACAUGCCCCCACUUAUGAAGUUGACAUGUGGAGACACCUCUGGGGAUGAAUUCUUUAUUUAUUUUGAUUGCGUCCUGUUUGGUUUGAUUCCCUUUCUACUGAUACUCUUGUCUUACAUCAGAAUCCUUAGCACUAUUUUGAAGCUCCCAUCAACCACUGGCAGAUAUAAAGCCUUCUCUACUUGCUCUUCUCAUCUUAUUGUUGUAUGCUUAUUCUAUGGUUCAGGUUUCAUUGCAUAUCUGCAAUCCAAGUCCAGUUACUCAGGCACAACAGAUAAGAUCUUCUCCCUAUUCUAUAUCAUUGUGACCCCAAUGGUUAAUCCAAUGAUAUAUAGUCUGAGGAACAAGGACUUCAUUGAGGCAAUGAGAAAACUAUUUUCUAAAUGUGUAGGGUGA